AUGAUUCCAGACGGGAAAGUCGGGUCAUGCGCGGGCAAACCUGUUGAUAACACUCUCCAGGAUGCAGCUCAAAUGGCCGAUAAAGGUGUCUCCGUUUUGCAGGACUUUGUCAACGAUGAUAUGGAAGAUACGGGCGAUAAAACCGUGAAUUAUGCAAACAUGGCAUACACGAUGUACGCUGCAAAAUAUAGGUUCUACGAGGACAGGGGAAGGGACCAGGAAAUGAUCGGUAUUACUCAAGGGAAAGAAAGGGUGGAAUUCGCCUUGGGGUACUUUCAGGAUGUCCAGGAUAAACUAAAAAGCAAUCAGAUGGAAGGAAGACUGAUGUGCGGUGAUAAGGACUUGAAACUUGUGCAUACACUCGGCGACCUCGGAUUGAAACCAAACGAUCAACUGCUUUCAGACAAGAUCCCGGACAACCUGGCGGGAAAAGAUCUAGAAACAAACAAGAUCAAAGCAUUCUUUCUGUCCCGGUAUUGGUCUCCGAAGGACUCAAAUGGGGCCUAUAUUUUAAGGAAAGCCUAUCUGAUCCCCGUCCGAGCGAAUCAGUAUGACACAGCUAAAAACGGGUUUUGUCACAUUCCACACUCAACGGCUAGCAUGCACAAGGAUCAAAACUUGAUGAUUUUAUGCGACAGCAUUUGGACUGGUAUGACACUUCAAAGGAUGCUCGACCGGCAACCUCGCCUUCGAAAAAAGCUUGUACGGGAUCAAAGAGGGGAUUAUCUCAUCGAUCAAAACAAAACUCCAGGAGAAGAAUUUCUUCAUGAGUCAUUCCAUUGGAUUGAAGAGGACAUUAUUGAUCAAAAGAUUGGCGAGAAAAAAGCAUAUGGCUUUCGUCUAUGUUUUCAGUUGGCCAAAGGAGAUCUGAGGCAAAAGGAUCCAUGCGCUAUAGGCAAAUCGGUUAACAACGCGGAUACCCAUGCGCUUUUUGCGUUCGGCGUUACCUUGGACAAGGUUAACUGGUAUCCUCCUGGUGAGGAGGAACAGGGUAUGUGA